UGAAGCAUUUCUGAUCUUUCAACCAUCUUCUUGUGUUUGUAUUUGAUCCAAAAAAGAUGCCAAGUGGGACGCUUGAAGUUUUUCUUGUAAAUGCCAAAGGCCUUGAAGACCAAAAUUGGCUCACUAGUAUGAAUCCUUAUGUGAUCCUCACCUGUCGGACUCAAGAGAAGGAAAGUAGUGUUGCAUCAGGUGAGGGAACUAAUCCUGAGUGGAAUGAGACCUUUGUUUUCACCAUCAGUGGUGAUGUUGAAGAGAUCACCCUCAGGAUUAUGGACAAAGAUACUCUUAGUUCAGAUGAUUUUGUUGGAGAAGCAAAAAUUCCCUUACGUGAAGUGUUGCGUGAAGGAGAGGUGUCUGAACGAGCUUACAAUGUUGUAAAAGAUGAAGAAUAUUCUGGAGAGAUAAAACUCAGCCUCACCUUCAAAUCUGAGUCGGGUUCUCGUAGAGGAGGUGAUGAAGAAGGAUACAGUGGACGUAGAAAUAAGUCACGUAAUGACUCCAGAGGAUCUGAUGAAGAAGAAUAUGGUGGUGGACGUAGAAAAUCGCGUAAUGACUCUGGAGGAUCUGACGAAGAAGAAUAUGGUGGACGUAGAAAGUCACGUAAUGACUCAGGAGGAUCUGAUGAAGAAGAUUAUGGUAGACGUAGACGAUCAAGUGAUCGUCGUAGAGGAAGUGAUGAAGACAACUAUGGUGGAUAUAGAGAAUCACGUGAUGACUACUAAUUCCAGGAGUUUAAGCCGUUUGGUUAACACUUAACCCUAACCAUUCAUUGAUGGAAAUAAUCCUCUAAUAAAUUUUGCAAUGGUUGUUCAUUGUUUGAUCGUUAUUUUUUAUGUUUGUAUUCGUAAAAUAUACACUUUAGUUACAUGAAUAUUUUUGUCGAAAGUUUAUUGCCUUUUCAUAUUUACAUGUCGUGCGUAAUAUCCAGAUUUUCCACACUAUAUAAAUAGGACCAAUUUGGAGGACAAUUUCAUGAA